AGCGCCUCGGCAUUUGUGCACCCUCCGGGCAGGCAGAGGCGAUAUGAUGGUCGAGCUGCCGGAGGGCGUUGCUGUUUGAAACGAAAGGGUACCGAAUGAGUGCGUUAUAGACUUCGGCGAAAGCGCUUGACAGAAUACUUGAGUUUGGAAACUCAAAUGGCACAAGAAGAAGCGAUGGGUCCCAGCAGGGCAUGGCCUGAGGCGAAGCAGAUUUAGAGCCCAUGUAUGCUGCCUUGAGUUUAUGAGGAAACAGAAGGAUGGGAAAUAAUUAAAUAAACGAAUAACUGUUGGGAUUAAUCUGCAUGACGAUGGCUUCUAUUGGUGAAAGAACCUUCAUUGCCAUCAAGCCUGAUGGAGUACAGCGGGGCUUGGUGGGAGAAAUUAUCAAACGAUUUGAACAGAAGGGAUUCAAACUGGUGGCCAUGAAAUUCAUGCAUGCUUCUGAAGAUCUUUUGAGAGAACACUACAUUGACCUGAAAGACAGGCCAUUCUAUGCUGGUUUGGUUAAAUAUAUGCACUCGGGACCUGUUGUAGCUAUGGUAUGGGAAGGCCUUAAUGUAGUUAAGACUGGUAGAGUGAUGCUGGGAGAAACUAAUCCUGCAGAUUCCAAGCCUGGCACAAUUCGUGGAGACUUCUGUGUGCAAGUUGGCAGGAAUAUCAUUCAUGGCAGUGAUUCUGUAGAAAAUGCUGAGACUGAAAUUAACCUAUGGUUCACUCCUGAAGAAUUGGUUGACUACACAAGCUGUGAGGAGCCAUGGAUCUGAGUAAAUACUAGUGUAUGUCACUUCCUUAUCCCUUGUUCCACUGACUGCUGAUCUGGAAACCAUUCCUACCUCCACUAUCCUCUAGGGCAGGGUUUCUUAACCUUGGGCCCCCAGAUGUUGUUGGACUACAACUCCCAGAAUCCCCAGACAUGGCCUUUGUGGCUGGGGAUUCUGGGAGUUGUAGUCCAACAACAUCUGGGGCCCCAGAGUUAAAAAACCCUGCUCUAGGGUUCCCCCCUCCCAGUGCACUUUCAUGUACAUCUGUGAAAAUAUUUCUUGUGUAUUGAAGUAUAAAUUUAAUCAGGUGUUUGUUUUGUGACAGAAGAAAAUAUGUUAUUUAUUGCAAUGCAUUAUAAUUCCAGUUUGAAAAUGUCUUAAGGUGAAUGGUGUGAAAGAAAAGCAUAAUUUUUGCUGCUGAGCACCUAUUCAUCAGUUGCUCAGGUGCACAAACUUCAUUUUAUUAUCUUAAAUGGACUGUAUUAAAUGGGCUCAAUCCAAUAUUUUAGGUUAAAUCUGUGUCUGUUUAAAAGAUGGAAAUCUCCUGUAUGCAAACUAUGUUCUUGGCUACAGAAUGUGUUAUGAGUGAUUUGCAUAAAGAACAUAUUAUCUAAAAUGGAUCAGUACAGUGGCUGUUUUGCUGACUUUCAUCUUAAGAUACUAAGACACAGGUGUUGCUGUGUACACCACUGAACUAUGAAAUAAUUUAAAUGCAGCAUCAGUCUUUGCAUUGAUGAAAAAAACUGUAGCAAAUAUUGGCAAAGUUCAACUUUGUUUUCAUUCCCAAUCAAUAUGCAUGGGUUACAAUUUCACUCCGAAAAUAAAGCUUUAUACAGAUGGUCA